AACAGAUUAACCACAUAGUCGAACCAAAACAUGAGGAGGACAAGAACUCCAUAUUUCUAUACGAUUAAGCAUGUAUUUUCUUCCAUAAUAGAAAAGCCAUCUUUUUACCACCAGACACCUACUUUCUGGUCAUGUCCGUCAAAUACUUCAGCUCUUGUAGCUCUAAGCUCCAAUGGUCUCCUUUCAGAAGCCUUAUUUGAAAUGGCCAAACAAGGCCUUGAAGUGAAAUUCAAGGAAUACGAUACUCGGUUAAACCAAUGUAUAAACCAAAGGGCUAUAAGAGAAGGCCAAAGGGUACAUACCCACAUGAUCAAAACCCAUUAUCAACCUCCAGUGUACCUCAGAACAAGGCUGAUCGUUUUCUACAUAAAAUGCGAGCUUUUAGAUGAUACUAGGUGGGUGUUUGAUGAAAUGCCUGAAAGAAAUGUUGUUUCUUGGACUGCUCUUAUUUCUGGAUAUUCUCAGAAAGGGUAUGUCUCUGAAGCUCUCCAUCUUUUUGUUCAGAUGUUGAGAUCAGGUACUGAGCCAAAUGAGUUUACAUUUGCAACCAUGCUUACAUCAUGUAUUGGUGCCGUUGGGUUUCAUUUUGGGAGACAAGUCCAUUGUCUUGUGGUCAAGAGCCCUUUUGAAUCACAUAUAUAUGUGGGAAGCUCUCUCCUUGAUAUGUAUGCCAAAGCUGGCAAAGUCCAUGAUGCUCGAGAUGUUUUUGAACGCCUGCCAGAAAGAGAUGUUGUCUCUUGUACUGCUAUAAUCUCAGGCUACGCUCAACAGGGACUAGAUGAAGAGGCACUAGAGCUUUUCCGCAAGUUACAAGCAGAGGGAAUGUCUUCCAACUAUGUUACAUAUGCUAGUGUAUUAACGGCCUUAUCAGGAUUUGCUGCAGUGGAACUAGGUAGACAAUUGCAUGCCCAUAUUAUUCGAUUGGAACUACCCUUCUACACGGUGCUUCAGAAUUCUCUUGUUGAUAUGUACUCGAAGUGUGGAAACCUCGCUUAUUCAAGGAGGGUAUUCAAUCAAAUCUCUGAAAAAACUGUGAGCUCCUGGAAUGCCAUGCUUGUUGGAUACAGUAAACAUGGGAUGGGAAAAGAGGUAGUUGAGCUCUUUGAAAUGAUGAGAGAAGAAAACAAGAUCAAGCCUGAUGGGAUCACUCUUUUGGCUGUGUUAUCUGGUUGCAGCCAUGGAGGAAUGGAGGAUAAAGGUGUACAGAUUUUCAACGAAAUAAGUAUUGGCAAAGACAGGGCCAAGGUUAGCAUUGAGCACUACGGUUGUGUGGUUGAUUUGCUAAGUCGAGCUGGCCAAGUAGAAAGGGCCUUUCAAUUCAUCAGAGAGAUGCCUUUUCCACCAACUGCUGCAAUUCUGGGUUCACUUUUAGGUGCUUGCUGGGCUCACCUGUGUGUUGAUAUUGGUGAAAUUGUAGCCAAACAACUUUUGGAGAUAGAGCCAGAAAAUGCUGGAACUUAUGUGAUCCUCUCGAACUUGUAUGCAUCGGCAGGAAGGUGGGAAGAUGCAAGAAGUGUAAGAGAGAUGGUAAACGAACUGGCCAUUGUAAAGGAAUCCGGAAAGAGCUGGAUUGGUCCUGAUCUUAUCCAUAAAACGGAAAAGGAUAUUGCAAAACAUAGUGGAAUUAGCAGUAAGGAUCAGGUAAGGUACUUAUAUUCCUGACUUUAGGCUGUCUGUCUUGUUUGAUAUGGAUGUGAAAAAACAUACCCAGUAAAAUCCUUUGAUAUGGACGUGAAGUGAAGAAAAAAAGAAAAUGCUGCUAGGACAACUAGCUUUGGCUUUUGAACUACUUUGCAUAUCCUUAGAAGGCAUAUUCAAGUGAAAAUCCAUGGACUCUGUGCUGGUUGUCGGAGCUGCUCCAUGUGCCCCAAGGUAGAGCUGUGAAGGAGAACCAUUUGCAAGAGCAGCUCAGUGUGAUGAGUUACUGGGUAAUUUCAUAUGGAGAUCACUGGUAAAAGAAUUCCAGUCUCGCUGAAUUUUAUGCCCAAUGGGAGGAUGGGAUAAAACAUAUCAUCAGGGAAGGCAACGGGGCGGUGCAGGUUAAAGCCUUUGUGUGGCGAGGUGGGGAAGUAUGUAUGCAGUGCGGCGCGUGGGCGGUGCGGGUUUAAACAAUUUUCUUAAAAUCAGAGAGGGCAAAGCAGUUGCGGGUUAAGGCCCCUUUCUUUUGAACUAAACAUCUAAACCUACUCCCUUCUCGGUUUCUCUGGUCUCCGUACAUUUUUGCCUGCUACAGCUGCACCAGUCUCGACUCUCACAGUCUCAUUCUCUCUCUGCUCUCUGGUUUUUCCGUCCCUUUUUGACUUUGGGCUCACCAUCUCGCUGUCUUGCCGGUAAUAGUCUAACCCUACUACUUGUUUCUUAUUUUUCCUAUUGUUUUACUGAAAUUUUUCUUGGUUGUGAUCCGAAUCUAACUUGUUGGAACCCAAAAUUGUUUCUGAUGAUAGAUGUUAGGCUUUCAUCAUCUGGGAUCGCUUUUGUUUCCCUUUAAUUUUUAGGGUUAAACCAUUAAAUUAGUUAUACUUGCAUUCACUACCAUGAACAUACACAAAAUGCAAGCAACAAACAUACAACCAAAUAAUUGUUGAGCAGAAGCUGAAGUUGGCUGCUACAAACUUGAAGCUGAUCUUGUAUUUGUCUCGGGAACGAAUUUGGAACUGCAUUUUUUGAUUUCUUGUUGACUGUCAUAACUCAAUUAUUUUUAAUUUUUUGAUUUCCAAGAAAGUUACAUUUUUCUGGAUUUACAUAGAUUGUUAAUUUGAUUGUCAUUAUUGAGUGUAUUGAUCCAGACUCCACUUGUGGGAUUACACUGGAUAUGUUGUUGUUAUUGAAUGUAUUUGGAUCAGAGGUUGUGUCGAAGUUCGGUAUUUGGUUGAACGGGGGUUGUUAA